AAUACCAUUGUGUCCCACUAUAACUGACUCGUGAUCCGAUGUCCUAGGGAUUUUGAUGUUAGCCAGUUCCCCGCCAAUAUCAUUGUUCUGAGGGAUCACAAUGCGCUCCUUGGACCCUGAACAGCACCUCAUGGUGCUUUGAACUUGACAUUUGGCUUGGGACAAUGCCUCCGUUGCAAGUAACCUAACUUGCCUCUUCGGGGCUUGGCAAUCGAUUUCUGCUGCAACGUUGCAGCUGGGCUGCUGAUCAUACACGGAUGUCUACAAGUGAUCAAUAUCCCAUAGCCGGCAUCGAUGGUCAUGAAGAAGCAAAAUGACAACCGGUCCUCCUCAUCCGAGCAUCGAGCACUCUCCGCACGUAUCGUAUCAAUCACUUACGCGUCCUUCGAGUUAAGCUCGUCUUUCCGAUGUUUCUAGAAGCCAAUAUCUGGAUGGUUACGGUUUGAACGCGGGACUUCACUCCUUUGCUUCCGCAAAAGCUUCCUUCAAAAAGGAGAAAUGCAUCUGCAUGUAAUGGACCACGUAUUCACGACAUGACUUCACGAGCCCAACCACCAAGCCAAGGAGAAAUGUUUCUGGAUGUAUCCUGGAAUGUUCAAGAGGUUACAAAUUACCUGAAGCGUUUGACGAGCAAAGUUGAGAUGCUCAAUAUCCCUCAAAGUGCGAAAGAACAAACAGCGCAAAUGCAAAGAUAUAAUCACUUGGUUAUAUCUACCCUAGAUAUGCCUCCAUUCACCGAGCACAUUGAGGGCAAGCAUAAUGUGUAUGAUGCUCUUGCUUCCACCGUCUUGGUCAUCGAAACACGUUCAGAGGCGGAGACAGUUCCACUUGACCACCAGGACAACUCAGAGGUUUUAGCUGCAUAGCCUAUUUGCGUUUCUGUUAUGUAUAAAUUACGAUAUGGUCUGCACCACAAAUGAAGGUCUCCUGACUGAGUUAUGAUCCCUGGCGUUGGUGAUUCUGCAUCUCAGCCAGCACCCUUGAGGUAUACUUCUAUUUGUAACAUUGUCUGGG